CAGCACCUCCUCCACACGAUCCGCUCGGCGGCCCUCCAGAGACGAUGAAGCCCGCAAUACGGCCUCUGCGGGCGCCUUCACGGCCCAUUUGCCAAUUCUGCGAUCAUCUCCUCCAACAGCCAGCAUACCGCCGAGCUUUUCUCACGACAUCCAGUCUCAAGAUCCCCUCAAUACGGCGACCAUUGACGCGGCAGCAUGGCGCAUUCGCGGCGACACCUGCCAGGGGAUUUUCAGCUGUCCAUAAAGUUCAAGAGGUGGAACCAGAGAUUGAGAGACCGGAGUCGAGCGAUCUCAGUCUGGCCGCAAGGCUGAAGCGUGUAGAGGAUCACAUCGACGCCAUCCACAACACACCUCGAGUGCAGGAUGAAGCAAUCAUCCUGCUUGCCUUGUCCGAGCUCGAAACCAUUGCCAGAAUGGCCAUCGCCGCCCGCGCAGGCCAACCACGCGGCGCAAAGCUGAACCUCCGCCAGAGCUCGGCAGCCUCCGUACUGUCCAUCGCCGCUGAGGACACUGAAGAACAACAAGCAGCCAAAGCCGGAGCAUCCAAGAGUGAUGGCCUCCCCUCUCCAGCCUACCUCUCCGAACUCGCCCUCGACCUCAUAAGAGACGAAAAGGUCUUCCUCUCCCGAACCGUCCUCUCCAAAUACGUCGACCUCCAACGCCUGCUCGGCGCCCCCCGCCAAAUCCCAGAAGCCCUCUACCUCUACGCCAACAAACCCAUCCCCAUCGCCGGCUCCAAACCCCCGCAAUUCAAAAAGCAAUCCCCAAAAAGCUACAAGGCCGCCGUCCCCAAGGAGACCGCCGAAAAGGCCCUCGACGCCGCCAUCGACGCAAAAGACAUGGUCCUCGCCCUCACGGUCGUGGACCACACGUACUGCGCCCCGGCGUGGAAAACGUACAAAUGGCUCACAAAGUUCGCGCCGCCGGCGGCGAUCGCCUCCACGCUGCCAUUCCUGGCGUACUUCAUCGCGUCGGAAUGGUCCAUCUACUCUGGCUACGUGAGCCCGACGCUCUUCAAGUGGUACUCGUUCGCGGGCUUCAUGGUCUACUUUGGCGGCACGGGCACGCUCGGCUACGUCGCCUUGACGACGUGGAAUGACCAUUUUGAGCGCGUGGUUUGGCAGCCGGGGACGCCGCUGUUGCAGCGGUGGAUGAGGGAGGAUGAGCGCGGCGCGUUGGAUAAGAUUGCUUGUGCGUGGGGGUUCAAGGAGACGUGGAAGUGGGGGGAUGAGGAGGGCGAGGAUUGGGAGGGGUUGAGGCAGUGGUGCUUUUUGAGGAAGAUGUGGUUGGAUAAGCCGGAUUUGAUGCCUGGUAUGAAUCCGCCCAUGGUGGAUUAG